AUGACUACUGCUACACUCACAUACAAUGCCAAUGCACACAUUCGGCAGUCACCAUCCUCAAUAACCUUUGCCACGCCGCCAAUGUUGACACAAGUACAUCUUGAAACGGAUCCACGUUUCGCGUUCGCACGCGUAAAGGGCGAUAUAUGUCUAGUCCAAUUGCAUCCGAUUCAAUCUGAAACAUCACGAGAAUCUCUAGGGGUUAUCUCACCCGAGGACAUUCGCGUUCUCGAGCUUCUUGACGAAGACCGGAUACGCUAUGAGGAAGACAACGGCACUGUCUUCCUGGCAAAGGACCUCAUGGCUCAACUUCGGAGGAUGAUUGAUGCAAGUCAUAUGAUUAGAUUGCAGAGGGGGAGACAAGGGCACAAAAGACGGUCAAAUUAG